AUGUAUGACCCGCCACAUAUGUGUAGCAUCUGUGAGAUGGAGCUGUAUGACCUGCCAUAUACAUGUAGUAUCCAUGCGACUAAGCUGUAUGACCUGCCACAUAUGUGUAGUAUCUGUGAGACUGAGCUGUAUGACCCACCACAUAUGUGUAGUAUCUGUGAGACUGAGCUGUAUGACCCACCACAUACAUGUAGCAUCUGUGAGACUGAGCUGUAUGACCAGCCACAUACAUGUAGUAUCUGUGAGACUGAGCUGUAUGACCUGCCACAUAUGUGUAGUAUCUGUGAGACUGAGCUGUAUGACCUGCCACAUACAUGUAGUAUCUGUAAGACUGAGAUGUAUGACCCGCCACAUAUGUGUAGUAUCCAUGAGACUGAGCUGUAUGACCCACCACAUAUGUGUAGUAUCCGUGAGACUGAGCUGUAUGACCCACCACAUAUGUGUAGUAUCUGUGAGACUGAGCUGUAUGACCCACCACAUAUAUGUAGUAUCCAUGAGACUGAGCUGUAUGACCUGCCACAUAUGUGUAGUAUCUCUGAGACUGAGCUGUAUGACCCGCCACAUAUGUGUAGUAUCUGUGAGACUGAGCUGUAUGAUCUGCCACAUACAUAUAGUAUCCAUGAGACUGAGCUGUAUGACCCGCUACAUAUGUGUGGUAUCCAUAAGACUGAGCUGUAUGACUCUCCACAUAUAUGUAGUAUUUGUGAGACUGAGCUGUAUGACACGACACAUAUGUGUAGUAUCCGUGAGACUGAGCUGUAUGACCCACCACAUAUGUGUAGCACCUGUGAGGCUGAGCUGUAUGACCCGCCACAUACAUGUAGUAUAUGUGAGAAUGAGCUGUAUGACCCAUCGCAUACGUGUAGUAUCUGUGAGACUGAAUUAUAUGACCCGCCACAUAUGUGUAGUAUCUGUGAGACUGAACUGUAUGACCCGCCACAUAGGUGUAAUAUCUGUGAGACUGAGCUGCAUGACCUGCCACAUAUGUAUAGUAUCUGUGAGACUGAGCUGUAUGAUCUGCCACGUAUAUGUAGUAUCUGUGAGACUGAGCUUAUCUGUGAGACUGAGCUGUAUGACCCGCCACAUACAUGUAGUAUCUGUGAGACUGAGCUGUAUGACCCGCCACAUACGUGUAGUAUCUAUGAGACUGAGCUGUAUGACCCGCCACAUACAUGUAGUAUCCGUGAGACUGAGCUGUAUGACCCACCACAUAUGUGUAGUAUCCAUGAGACUGAGCUGUAUGACCCGCCACAAACAUGUAGUAUCUGUGAGGCUGAGCUGUAUGACCCGCCACAUAUAUGUAGUAUCUGUGAGACUGAGCUGUAUGACCCGCCACAUAUGUGUAGUAUCCAUGUGAAUGAACUGUAUGACCUGCCACAUAUGUGUAGUAUCUGUGAGACUGAACUGUAUGACCUGCCACAUACAUGUAAUAUCUGUGAGACUGAGCUGUAUGACCUGCCACAUAUGUGUAGUAUCUGUGAGACUGAGCUGUAUGACCUGUCACAUAUGUGUAGUAUCUGUGAGACUGAGCUGUAUGAUCCACCACAUAUGUGUAGUAUCUGUGAGACUGAGCUGUAUGACCUGCCACAUAUGUGUAUUAUCCGUGAGACUGAACUGUAUGACCCGCCACAUAUGUGUAGUAUCUGUGAGACUGAACUGUAUGUCCCACCACAUAUGUGUAGUAUCUGUGAGACUGAGCUGUAUGACCCACCACAUACAUGUAGUAUCUGUGAGACUGAGCUGUAUGACCUGCCACAUACAUGUUGUAUCUGUGAGACUGAGCUGUAUGACCUGCCACAUAUGUGUAGUAUCUGUGAGACAGAGCUGUAUGAUCUGCCACGUAUAUGUAGUAUCUGUGAGACUGAGCUGUAUGACCUGCCACAUACAUGUAGUAUCUGUGAGACUGAGGUGUAUGACCUGCCACAUACGUGUAGUAUCUGUGAGACUGAGCUGUAUGACUUGCCACAUAUGUGUAGUAUCUGUGAGACUGAGCUGUAUGACCCGCCACAUACGUGUAGUAUCUGUGAGACUGAGCUGUAUGACCCACCACAUACAUGUAGUAUCUGUGAGACUGAACUGUAUGACCCACCACAUACGUGUAGUAUCUGUGAGACUGAGCUGUAUGGCCUGCCACAUACAUGUAGUAUCUGUGAAACUAAGCUGUAUGCCAGUACUGCUACUAGUAUUAGUAAUUAUUAUUCUACUACAUCUACUUCUACUGCUAGUACUGAUUCUAGUAUUACUACUACUGUUACUACUGUUACUGCUAGUACUGAUUCUAGUAUUACUACUACUGUUACUACUGUUACUGCUAGUACUGAUUCUAGUAUUACUACUACUGUUACUACUGUUACUGCUAGUACUGAAUCUAGUAUUACUACUACUGUUACUACUGUUACUGCUAGUACUGAUUCUAGUAUUACUACUACUGUUACUACUGUUACUGCUAGUACUGAUUCUAGUAUUACUACUACUGUUACUACUGUUACUGCUAGUAUUGAUUCUAGUAUUACUACUACUGUUACUACUGUUACUGCUAGUACUGAUUCCAGUAUUACUACUACUGUUACUACUGUUACUGCUAAUACUGAUUCUAGUAUUACUACUACUGUUACUACUUAUGACAAAAGGACUCUGUCUGCAUGUGUAGUAAUUCGGCUUUACCUCCAUUCCCAGUUAGCGAUGAAGAUACGUAUUUGUCAGGAGCAGCAAAGAGAAGAUUCAGCAGCAGAGGAAUGA